ACUGGCAGAACUAGAUUCCUCGCAGUGACACUAACACACAGCACUGCUCAGUCAUACUCUCUACAGUGUUCCCUGGGAAUUCUCUUCUUCUAAUGACUCCUAAUGGACUACAAAGGCUGAGAGUGUUCCUGGGCUCAGUGUAUAAAGGGCUCCACCAUAACCGAGGACAUAAUCACUGACACCCACAAGGGAAACCAGAGUCCUCCGGAGGAUAUCCACACAAACAGAGGAAGAACAUACAAAUUCCAUGCAUAAGAAGUCUGGAGCCCCGAGCUUCAAGGCUUUGGAGGCUAUCUAGACAUACAAUUGCUUCGCCACAUCAAAUUCAAAAUGAAGGAUCGCCUUCAGGAGCUAAUGCAAAGGGCAAAAGACCUUAAGGCGUCCCAGGAAACCGAGAAUUCCAGAGAAGAACCUACAGACCUACAUCAGCAAGCUGUCAUCUUUGAACGGGAGCCUGUCAUCGAGGGCUACUUACAUGACAUUAAAAAACUCCAAAAUGACAUUAAUGAGCUUUCCCAGAAUGUGGUCAAAUUUGAGAAGCAGCAGCAGGUCCUGGUCUCCUCCAUGAGAAGAUUCAGUGUUCUGAAGAAAGAGAGCAAUAUUACAAAGGACAUCAAAGUCCAAGCGGAACACAUUAAGAAGCGCCUGGACACUUUAUUACUACAGGUGAAAAAAGCAGAAGCGGACUUUGGCCAGUCCUCCAGUGCUGCCAGGAUUCUGAAGACCCACCAUGCUGCACUGUUUAGAAGUUUUCAAACAGCAAUGUUUCACUACAACGACACAAUUGCUAAAAAGCAAGGAAAAUGUAAAACUUUUAUCAUAAGACAACUGGAGGUAGCAGGGAGGGAAGUGAGCGAGGAGGAAGUAAACAAAAUGGUGGAGCAAGGCAAAUGGGACGUCUUCAACGAGAACCUUCUCACCGAAGCAAACAUCACGAAAGGACAAUUAAAUGAAAUUGAGCAAAGACACAAAGAGCUGGUUAGCCUAGAACAUCAAAUGAAGGACCUAAGGGAUCUCUUUCUCCAAAUUUAUAUCUUAGUGGAGGAACAAGGGGAACUCUUGAACAAUAUUGAAAUAGCCACAAAAAAUACAGAAGACUAUGUCCAAAAGACCACCGAGAAGUUCAAAUUGGCUGUUAAAUACAAAAAGAAAAACCCGUGUAGGAUGUGUUGCUGCUGUUGUCCUUGCUGUUAAUGUUUCACUGAUGUUUGACUUACCAUGUUUACAUUAUUUAAUUUUGUAUUAAACCAAGAUAUCUAUAAUCUUAACAGAGAAA